AUGGCUCCGUAUGAAGCUCUAUAUGGUAGGAAAUGUAGGUUCCCUGCCGGUUGGCUUGAAGUCGGAGAAGCAAACUUAUUUGGGCCAGACCUUGUUCAUCAGGCUAUUGAAAAGGUAAAGCUUAUUCAGGAACGAUUGCGUACAGCUCAGAGUCGUCAGAAAUCUUAUGCAGAUUGUAUUGGAGAUCCAUCCAGAAUCGUACCUAUUGGCGAUAUACAAGUUACAGAAAAUCUGACAUACGAGGAAGAGCCAAUUGCUAUUCUAGACAGACAAGUCCGCAGACUCCGAAACAAAGACGUGACUUCAGUGAAGGUUCUAUGGAGGAGUAAAGAUAGGGAAGAGAUGACAUGGAAAGCCGAAGCAGAAAUGAAGUCCAAGUAUCCCCAUUUAUUCCCUGUCACAGAUGAUACUACUCCGAAAGAAUUCUUGCAAGGUUCUGCUAUAUCCGCAAAUCACUUACAAGAUAAGAGUUAUAUUUAA